UUGGAAUAAAACUGAAUAUUAUAAUUUGAUCCAUUAUUUUUUUUGCAAAUGCAAAACGAUUCGAUGAGUUUAUCUAAAGUUUUGCUCCAUUUGCAUCAAUAUAAAUUAAAUAAUAUAAGCGAAUAUUAAUUAUCAUUCAAAUGAAAUGAUUUUAAAGUGAAAAAAAUAUGUGUAUUUCCACAUUGUCUCAAUUGUCGAUCGUUGUAACUUAUUGUUUCUCUUGCAUUUGAUUGUUGGAUUGGAAAAAAAUAUCAAGUAAAUAAUUCGUGCGAAAUCAUAGAUUCCGAAUGCAAAGUUUACUAUUUGUUUGUCACAAAUGUUACUAAGAUUUCCAAGUAUUGUUUACGAGACUGAUCUGAAAAAUUGUUUUGUCAAGUGCAAUUUCGUAGAUAUUUGUUCAAUUCAACAUUCAGGGAAACCCAUUCUACUCAUCGGUUUAUUGAAUCAGCCAUUGAUUUCAUCACAAUCAAUUUGAUUUACUGCAUAAGAAUUUCUAUAGAACAGAUUUUCUCAAACCGCAAAAAAACUCAUUGAUCUCAGUACAUCAGCAUACAAGCCAUUAGAAAAUAAUAGCAAACAAAGCAUAAGAGAUUUAAGGGUUUCUAAUGAACACAUGAAAUAAGCGGCGGAACCGAAUGGUUAUCGUUUGUAAAAUCAAUAAGUAAUAAGAGCUGCAUAAAAUUUGUGCUAGCUCACAAAAAUACUAAUACAACGAGACGAGAAUUAGUUUCCAAUACGUUGCAAACACAGCGACUCGUUCACUUGCUUCUUGAACGUGAACCGAGCUAGAAGGAAAAAAUUAUCAUUCGAUCAAAUCGACAGUGUUCAAUCGACAAAAGAACGUGAAAAAAGUCUAACGAAUGGGCUACCAGCGAAAAAAAACAAGAAAGAAGGGGAAGCCAAUUGCAGUGCUUGGGGACGUGAUUAAGGAGGAUGAAAAAGAAAAGGAUUCCGGCAUAAGAACCAUCAAAACGCAGUUGCGUGCCAUUCUUCGGCCGGAAUACCGUGACUUGUUGAUUGCAGCCAUCCCCGACAGAUCAAUAAUGGCAACGAAAAUUUGUGCACUCGCCUCGCAGUUGUUCCUGUUCCGUUGUGAGCGCGCAUUCGACGACAAUGACAAAGGAUUUUUUGAACAGAAUGGCGAAAAGGUGAUUCGGUCGUGUUUUUUUGGUGUGCUCAAGAAAAAUAUUUACAAGAAGAAGAAAAUGCCGCCGGAAUUUCGUAAAAUGGUGCAUCAGCUGGACGAUAGCCAUCGAGUCGUUUGGCCCAACGCAGACUAUUUCGGCAAUGCAAUGAAUGAUUUGAUUGACACGUACAUAACGAACGUAAAAAACAACUUGAAGACGCAUAGCAAGAAACGCCUGCGCGAAUGGCUGCGUGUAAAAGUGUUCGAAUCUUCGUUGGUUGCUCGAUACGAACAGGCUGACAUCGACCGUGUGAUUAGUUUGGCAAUUUUUGGCAAUGACGAUAUCACAAUCAAUGGCAUGGAUGAUGUUGCCAAACGUGAGCGGCGUACGUUGUUGAUUGGAAUGGUCACGAAGAACAGUUGGUGGGACAUACCAGACAACAACAUCGGCCUAUUCACAAAUGGGAAGGACUGGUUCAAGAGCAUCGCAUUCUGGAUUUCCCUCCAGCGGAAAAUUGAUGAUUUCAACACCUGCGAGGAAUAUCGUGAAGAACGCCGAUGCCAACGCGAAGAGUUUGAAGAGCUGAAACGAUGCCGACGUCGAAAUCACCGUCCGUGCACUUGGCAGCAGCCGACAGAUCGAGGCCAAAAUGGAAAUGAGUACAUUGAGAAAGGGCCGCCGAGAGUGAAAAAUCUGGCAGUGAUUCCCAUUUGCAGUUUCACUCGUACCCACUACACGUUGGACAAUCGAACAUUGUACUCUUUGUUGCGUCAACUUGGAAUCGUACCACUUAACAUCACAGAGGACGAGUUCAGAAAACAAAAGGAGUAUUAUUGGGGCCAAUACUUCGAUAUGCGGAAAAUCUAUCAUCUCGGUCGCAGUAGAAAAAAGUUCCGUUUCCGAAUUCUCUCGAAUGGACAGGCCGUAUCGCUACAAUUCGAUAUUGACAAAACGAAAUUGAAACCAGUUGACAAAAAGGCCAUUGUUCAAAACUACAAAAAGUUUGUCAAUGAAGGUGCAACUGAUCCGGGUGUGAAUACGUGGAACGCAACAACGGUACAUAACAUCGAAACUGGCAAAGAGGCGAACUACACAAUCAGCAGCAAACAGUAUCAUUACUGGACGAAGCAAACGGUUCGAAAUCGACAGGGAAAGCGGUGGACCAAAGACUUUGUCAAGGUAGAGAGGCAGGAUCGUGAAAAUCGUGCGCUCUAUCCGGUGAUGCCAUCGCCAUUGGGUAGGCACUGGCAGAACUACAUUCGGCAUCGACUCAAAAUGACGGAACGUGGCAUUGCCGUGUAUACGACAGACAAAUACACGAGACUCAACUUUGACAAGUAUGUUCGAGCAAACAGUGUGACCGAUAGCAUAGCCGGAAUGUUGACCAACCAUCAGCCAACACUCAUGCAUUUCGGAGCUGCUCAAAUGUCGCCCAGUUCACCCAUCGGCAUCAAAAAGUCACUGCGUUGCCCGGGCAAUCGGAAAAUGAUACGAAGCUACAAAAAGUGUCGUGGUUGUGUGUCUAAUAUGGUCGACGAGUAUUACACUUCACAAACAUGCGCCAAGUGCUUCGGCCGUUUUGAUCGACGCACGAAACGACAUCGCUUCAAAGUCUGCCAUGAUUGUCGGCCGAAAUUGGUAGAAGCAAUGCUGCCAUCAAUGAUCGUGUGCAAGGUCAACAAACGAAAGAUGAGGCACGAGAAGCUGAAACUGUUUUUGCUCGAGAAAGAAGCGGAAGAGGGCAACGGAAAUCCAGCGGUUGGCAAUGAUGUCCCACAUCCAGAUCAACUAAACCCAGAAUUACUCCCAAAAGUGGCAAUCUACCACAAAACAUGGCAUGUAAAUGAGUCUAGUAAAAUCGUGGAAUACGUGAAAUUCAAUUCAGCCGGUGAGAUGGGAGUUGUCGAGCCACGAGUACACAAGACGACAUGGCAUCGCGACAUAGCCGCUGCAAAAUGUAUCCUGAUCAAAGGACACUAUGACUUGUUUGGGUACACGUUACCCGAAACAUUGCAGAGGCCAUCCAACCAGCGAGCUGCUGUCAACAACUAACCAGCUUCAUGUAUUUCACGCCAUUCACAUUGAAUAAUUUAAAAAUUAAAAUAUAACAUUAUGUUAUUUCCGCUAUGCCUGAUUGUUGUGGUAUAGUAGGCGUACAUACUUAUCUAAGGAGGCCAGAAGUACCCAUAUGGGUAAUAAGAGCUGCAGAAUUUAUUUGUGAUAUCAAUUUCGUGAAUAAUGAGGAAAAUCAAUUUAUUGAAUAUGAUCUCCAGACACGAAAUAAAUAAAUAAAAUGCCAAUAAUAGAAAGACAAUUGUUUUGGAUAAAAAAAACUCAUUUGUGAAUGGCUUAGUUUUAUUGUCACGUUUAGAAUAGAGUUGUACAUUUGUUUGAUUCAUAUUUGUUUACAAUUAAUUUUCAUAAUAAUAAAUAUGUCAAUGGUUUCCAUGAGAUUUAUUAG